UAUGGCCUUUGAGAACUCUAGAUCUGAGGACUUGUCAUCUGAGUGAGUUCUUAAUUGUUAAUUGUUCAAGUGUAAUGUCAUAUGCUCAUAUGGUAGAUCAAAAGUUGAAUCUGAGGCCCAAGCCUAAUGAUAAAAACCAGAGUAAAUUUUAGGUUCAUUGAGCAUAAUAGCCAAAUGACAUAAUGAACAAUGAUCCUAGUAAAAUGUAGCAUCCAUGAUCAUCAGAACAACAAGAUGAACAGUCCUUGCUUAUGAUAUUUCCUACAUUGUGGCUUCUCUUAUUGCUAUUUGCAAAGCAAAAUAGAUCUUAAAUCAUUCAUGAUCAUUCAGUCAUAACAUAUUCAGUAGGUAGCCAGUGCCAGGCUAUUGGUUAUCAAUCCCACAACCAACCUCAUGAGUUAGAACUCAGUCACUCACUCUCAAUAAUACUAUCUCAAUAUUUGGAUGGUACUGCUGACACUUCAUUCAGUAUACUCACUACUAAGUGCUUGGCAGUAAGUAGUUAACACUGAAGUAACAACAUGUACCAUCAAGGUACAUGUGAGGGUGUAUGCACAUAAUCUAACAUCCAAUUGCAACUUAGAAUAUAGCAUCCAAUGCCAAAUAUCACCUAAACCUUCAACUGAGGAGUCAUAAUGCAAACCCUCCAAACAAAUUAAGGUUGAUUCAGGACCCAAGAUCCACAAGAUCCCUCGACAAAUUGAAAAUGCAGGAUCCAAGAUCCCCAGGAUCCCUCGCCAAAUUGAAAAUGCAGGAUCCAAGAUCCCCAGGAUCCCUCGACAAAUUGAAAAUUCAGGAUUCAGGAUCCCUCGACAAAAUCUGAAGUGCAGACUGCAGGAUCUAGAAUCUCCAGGAUCCCUUGACAAAUCUGAAGUGCUGGAUCCAAGAUCCCCAGGAUCCCUCAACAAAAUCUGAAAUGCUGGAUCCAAGAUCCCCAGGAUCCCUCGACAAAAUCUGAAAUUCUGGAUCCAGGAACCACCAAGAUCCCAAAUCUUGGAUCCAGCGGAUCCUGGAUCUCGGAUCUUUUUGGGAUCUUGGCACAAGUCUGCUCACAACUUCAAACAUAAAUUUUUCACAAACCAAGCUAUAAAUGAAGCGGGGAAUAAUUUAUAUCACUAGAUUUUUGGUUGUUUGUAGCAACAACUAUUCACUUUGUAAUACAUCAAAAUUUGAGGAAUAUUUGGACAGUUCAAGGACUGUCCAAAUGUUGACAAUGACAGAAUGCUCAAGGACAAUGAACAAUCAGGGCUCUAGGUCUGUGGUAUGUUAAAUAUCAGGUUCCUCCAAUGGCGGUCAAGUCGCGCCUAGAAUGUCGAGCGAGUCAGCGGACACAACUUCGGCAGGUAAAGCGUUCCAGCUGUUCAUGGUACUGGCGCUGAAGCUGUUUCGCCGUGGGGUCACCGCCCUGGGUUUGAGUGGUGACUGGUACCAUUUUCACUAAAUUCUAUAAAUGACAUCACUGGUGCGUUUGCCCACAUGACUGUAGGCAGAAGACCCCGUAGUUCAUAUUUUAUUGAAUAUUAUUUGGGGUUGUGCCCUUAUGAUCGAAAGGAUCAUAACGAACGAAAUUCAUUUCCUUCGUUUAAUGAUCCUUUCCUUGGUGUUGCUAAUUCUGUAUGCUUGGUUAGGCGAAUUUACAAUUGGCUCAGAAUGUUUUUGCACUUAUUGGUUUCAGAUGAAUGUGAAGCUAUCAUGUUCUUUGUGUCACCACACUGACACAGACUUGAGAGAGUUUUGCCUGCAUUUGCGACGACAUGGAUCAGACCCUUAUUUUCACGUGGAUUGCCCGAUGUGUCGCAAGAAGUUCACCACUGUUCGGUAUUGGAAAGAUCAUGUUUUGUCUAGAAAGUGUUCUCCGGUUGAAGCUGCUGGUUGUGCUUCAAAUGCUCCAGAGACAUCUUCGUCUCAAAAUCAACAAGAAACUGGUGUCGAGAUUGAUUCUGACUCUGGUGACAAGGUUGAAGACGACCCUGGUGCUCACGAUGUGAGAAAACAACUGUUAGGACUCAUAAUCAAACUCCGCGCCCAAAAUGUGACCGAAAAUAGCUGCCAUGCUGUGCUGGAGUUCAUUGAGGACUUUUCGAAAGAAGUCAUCCAAGAGUGUCUGAGCUUAUGUGGGGAGGCACCAUGCUGCCAUCUUGAAGAAUAUUAUCAUAAACUCAAGACUCUGAAUGAGCUGAGCAAGUUACAGGGUAGCGACCACCUAGAACGCACAGCUGUCAAGGAGUUUGAAACGGUUGAUCCUGUAUCUGUGACAUUGGGCACAGACGAACAUGGGAAAGAUGAAACGCUCCAAUACUUGCCAGUUACACCUCAGCUUAAACAACUCUGCGAGCAAGUGAAUGCUUGCGAAGAUGCAACUGCAUCACCAGAUGGGAUACUUGGUGGCCUUCAGGAUGGAUACGUCCAUAACAAUAAUAACAGCGAAGGUCGUUUGCUUCUUUCAGUCUACUAUGACAGUUUUCAAGUAGGCAACCCCUUGGGCAGCAGAGCAAAGAACCAGAAAGUGGGCGUUGUUUAUUUUUCAGUGAACAGUCUUAAGAACAGCGCACUUCGCAACAAAAUCAUCCUUUCGGUAGUCUUUCGAGAGGCACUGCUGGCAACACAUUCAUGGGCAACACUGCUCGACCCACUCAUCACCGAACUUAAAGAGCUUGAAUCAAGCGGUUUUGUGGCAAACAUUCGUGGUGGCUCGCAUUUUACUGCACACGUUGCAGUGUUGAUCGGUGACAAUCUGGGCGUACACAGUGUGGCGGGCUUUUCACAGUGCUUCAGUGGGGGUGCAAUGAUUUGCCGACACUGUCAUGGAACGGCAGAUGAGAUACGAACAAAGACGAAGCUGGAAGAGUUUGACCUCCGUUCCAAAGAAGAUUAUGACUCCAAAGUGAAGCUUUUGCUUGAAGAAGGUUUCGGUGAAUCACUCUCGAAAGCGUACGGCAUCCGAAGCACGUGUCCGUUCAGCUCAUUGACGGGCUUUCACCCGAUGACGUCGAUACCCCCUGAUGUGAUGCAUGAUCUUCUAGAGGGCGUUGUGCCGUCCACCAUUGCUCUGGUGUGCGGUGGUUUGAGCUCUCGCGGUGAUUUGUCUCUGAACGAUGUGAACAGAGCUAUCAGGUCAUUCCCAUACAGUCAGGUGGACACAAAUCAUCCCGCCCCGUUACGCCGUGAUGGAAAGGGUAUAACUGUGAAGCAGCAGGCGAGUGAGGCUUGGUGUCUUCUGAGGCUUUUGCCAUUGAUUCUCCUGAGUGCAGGUGUUCUCUCAUCGGCUGUGUCUGGGAGCAAGAUGUACUCCCUGCUCGUGCAGUUAAUCAAAAUCAUGCUCCUACUCACUGUCUUCACGGUGUCACUGCAAGACUUGGAUAUCCUGCAAGGGAUGGUGGAAAAGUUUUUGACAGACCUUCUCGCAUGCUUUCCGGAGUUCAAACUGACGCCGAAGCAUCAUUUCCUCUUACACUAUGCCGAUCAAACGAGGAGACAUGGCCCAUUGAGGUAUCUAUGGAGCAUGAGAUACGAAGCCAAACAUCAAACCUUGAAGCGGUCUGUGGCAAACUCGCGCAAUCGUAAAAAUAUAUGCAAGAGCAUCGCAACUCGUUAUCAGCUGAAGAGUGUCGCAGAUGCAAUGGAACUACGCGGUCGUAUGAGCGGCGGGCAACCUUUCAGGGGAGAGGUUCCGGAAGCGGCUGCUGCAUUGACGAGAGGGGCACAGCUUUUCAAAAAGGCGCUAAUAAACGGCGAGAAGUACUGCGCGGGUGAAGCUCUGCUGCUGCACACUGGUGUCGCUGUGAUUAUCUGCAUUUGCAAACAUCCAAGCAGCGUUGAGUCGGACAAACAAUUCCUGGUGCAGCACCAGGUGGCCAUUUAUGACACAUCCUUGGGAGCUUUUAUCAUUUCUGGAACAGAUCAAUAUGAUGUAUUCGACUGUGCGAGUCUCGUUGAUCCCCAGCCCCUCGGCACGUACUGGAUCAAUGACCACCACUAUGCCGUUCCUCGGAGGCUGAUACCCGGCUACGGGAUGCUGUAGAACGAUAGGACCACGAUCGCCAUGCUGACCUACGUGGUGCAGCAACACGACAUCAACCGACUUGUGACUGUGAAGAAUAAGGGUGAUGUUUUGGCGGCCGCAAAAGAGGCGUUUUCUCUGUCUGGCAGUUAUUGCUUAGAGCUUUACCACAAGGAGUCCGAAUUGUAUGUUCGCAUCGAUAACCCAGUAGACGACCUACCAUGUGGCGGACGGAUUCGCCUUGUCCCCGUCCAAGUCUCCAGCCCACCAGUGUCAUUCAUCCAAAGAUGUCUCAGCACGGCCGACACCAUCCCCGUCCUGACGAUGACAGCUUCUCCUGGCGCCUUGGGAACUCCCUCCUGUUCCAAGGAUUCAGCAGUGAUCGAUGACCUUUUGGUGCCAUGCUCUUCCUCUGUGAGUUCUGCCGUCGGCGAAACGGCACAGGACCCGCUUGCUCUCACCGACGGCGGGACCAGUGACAACGAGUCCAGCAAGGACGCCGGGACCAGUGCGAGCCGGCAGGUGUUCGUCCUGGACACGAAAGCGCUUCCACCAUCCGUCCGCGAGACUAUGGAAAACGGCGGUGACCACAGCAAAGGAGAGCGAAGAGACAUAAUGGCUGCUGUGUAUGAACAGUACACGAAGACGUGUCGCAGCAGGUACCUGAACAACGUAGACGCUAUCGCAGCUGACGUCGCAGAACAAUUCCCUGGGUUCGGGAAAGGACUGCGGCUGUCGGACCGGCUGAAACUUGUGAAGGAGUCACUGAUCAAUAAGUUCAAGAAUAAGAGGAAAGCAUGCGACGACCUCGAGGUUCAGCAGCGCAAGAAGACACCGAAGAAGCUUCCCAACUUCCUCCCAGACAUCUCCCGUGUGGACGGGAUGAAGGUGCACGAGUGCGUACUCGACAUGAAGAAGGGCACUCUCAACGAAAGCCAGGUGCAGGAAGCGAUGAAGAUAACUCUCCCAGACCGGCGUCGGAUGCUGGCCGGUGUCAAACGCGCAAGAAAAAGCAUCGCAGGAGUGAAAGCCAAGUAUCCACUGCUUUUUAACGAAAAUGAGAUAUGGGAAGAGUAUGCGCGACUGAAGUCGGACGCUCGGGGCGGCAAGGCCGUCCAGGCUGAUGCACUACGGGAGCUCAAAAAAGUUCUUCGCAACGUACCCGGCCACGACGCCGAAGGUCUGGUGGCCUCCCUGAAGGAACUGGAAACAGUUUUUGUAGAAGAGGAAGGACAUCAUACAUACCCCGUGAUCGUGCGGCGGGGUGGUAGUGCUGCCCUCUUCGUGGAGGGGGUGCACUGCGCCGCCCUCAGUGGGAGCGAGGAGCUCCAGCUCCUCACGUGGGCGGUAUCGUUUUCCGUGUUCUGCCAGCCGCUCUACUACCUUGGCAUCAAGAACACGGCCACUUUCCUGGCGGUAUACGUAGUACAUUCCGACGUUAAGAAGGAUGUUCCGACGGCGCUCCAGGCCGUGCUCACUAAACUUCUCCCAGCCGGCGAGCUGCAGCACUGAGCGAGAGAGAGAGAGGUCCUGGUUUCCGACUCAUUCGCCGGUUUUUCAUUGACUGCGGUCGAACUGGACGAGGGCGUGGUCCUGUCACGCCCCACUGCCACAUCGCCUGCCCAUUAUUCGCCCUUCAUGGGAGCCACGGACGUUGCUUUGAUGGCGGUGUAUAUGUGACAGGGCCCACUGCCACAUCGCCUGCCCCUUAUUCGCCCUUCAUGGGAGCCUAGACACGGACGUUGCUUUGAUGGUGGUGUAUAUGUGACAGGGGACUUUGUUUAAGUGUUUAAGAGGGUUACGUUUUUGCAGCGCUAAAACUAGAAAAAAAAACUGGAUCCCUGAAGUAAGGGAACGAAUGGUACGAGAAGGCGUCAAUGAUUGUGCACUGUGACUGUGCAGUGAAUAGAAAAAUAGAAAGCGCAUGCUUCUGUUAUGUGUUAUAUUUCGUGUUGUAUUUCGGGGAAAUAUAUCCGUACUGACCGGGUAA